CCGCCGCCGCCGCCGCCGCACCCGAUCCUUCUCCGUCUUCUUCUGCCGAUCGACCCAUGGACCGCCGGCCGCCGCUCGCCGUCUCCCCGCGCCGGCUCCGCCCGCGGCCCAGUCAUGCCGCCGCCGGCCGCCCACCCUUGGCGUCCUCCGUCCACAUCACCUCGCCAGCACUGAGCAAGAAAGCGCGUACCCCGAUGCGCUCGUCCAUCAGCGCUCUCCCGCCGUCGUCCUACUCCAAGCUUGAAACCAGCCCGCGCCCGAAGCUGGAUUUCGCCCUCUCGCCACCGCCAGCAGCAAGAGCGUCUGGGAAGGAGAACCUGCACUUCCACGACGAUGCCACUUUCAGCAUCGCCGACACUAGCAUGGAGGACUGGAGAGCGACGGUGAAGCCGACUAGCCCGAUGUUCGAGAGAGGCAGGCUGUACGACCUCUACUCCGCGCGGCGUAACGAGCGGCUGAAGCGCAAGCACGGGUGGUACACGGCCGCUGAGGAGGAGGCGGGAGCGAUGGCCGAGGACCCCUGCGUUGCGGUCGAGCUGUCCAAGAGGCGGGUCGCCAAGAAGGCCGGCGCAGAGUCCGUGGUGAGGAGGUCCAUGCCGGCGGCAGCAGAGUCCUCGCUGAGCUACAGGGCUGGCGGCGGGCUCAGCGCCAUGAGGUCAUCUCUGAGAAGCAGCAAGGAGAUGAAGAAGCCCUCUGCCGCGUCAUCAUGCGCCACCGCCACCAAGCCCUCUGCCAUCAAGGACAGGAGGGUCGGCAUGCGGUCUUCCUCGUCGUCGUCGGUUCGCAGGUUCUGAUGAUGGUAUAUUCUUGGUGGAACUGGCCGCUGGGGCUCUUAGUUGAUCGUUUGGGGUGUUGAUAAACAAUACUGUUAGUGUGGAGUUUGGAAUUGGUUUGGUUUGGAGGUAAUAUAAUAUACUGUAGCUGCGUAUUAUGUUUACAGAAUGUGCGUCCAUUAUUCGUACUCCGUGUUAUUUCCGUACGUGGUUGUGAUGCAGAUGUUCACAAGAAAUUGAUCUGGCGUGCAGCCACAUUCAUAUGGAGAGAUA